CGCAGAUUUCUGGUGCCUGGUUGUUUUUCGUUGGGAAGAGGUACUUACGAUAGUGACGAAUGGAAGCGAGUGAGCCGAGCGAGCAGCUCCGCAAAUAAAUUCGAACACGACAGGAUGACACGUUCCGAAAAUAAGGAUCGUUCGUGUCAGGGAAUUCCACCAUCGCAUCCUCGGCUUUGAAAUCGCUCGGAAGGAUCUGGCACGCUUUCAAAACUGACGUUAAUGCCCGUUUAUUCUACAUUCUACAUCAACUUGGUCCACCGAAAUGUUUUUCCAGGCCUAUUUUAAAGCCUCGUCGAUGCUUCUUCAUCCCGUCGCAGAAAAGUCACCAGCCAGAUUCGUCGAGAUUGUUGGAAAAUGGGUAAACAGGAAAUGCAGCGACCAGGAGGAAAUCCCAUUGAGAAGAGAAGAGAGGCAUUUAUUCACGAUUCACCUGCUGGCCUUAUCUGCAAUCGAUUCGCUGAAAUAUACUUUGCAUUCGAAGCGUAUAACAAGAUCAAUAUCCUCGGAACGGAAGUGAGUUUUCCACCAGCGCGAUCGUGACUACAAAUAAAUUAGAUCACUUACAACGAGCAGGAGCUGACACGAUCGAUUCUCGAUUCCGAUCCUGUUACAUUUUCAGUUUACCUGAUUGUAAAAUUACCGCGUCAUUAAUAUUUCACCGUGCCCUAUGAAAUUUGAGAACUACUCGAUCAAUUAAAUUUCCUUGUUCCUAACCUAAAUUGAUCGUUCACAUCUGGCUGAGAGUUCUUUCUCCAAUACGAUCAGUCAAACUUGAUUUUUAGAUAGAGAGAUAAUAUUUACUGAUUAACUACAAUUUCAUAAAUAAAUAAACUAGUAAACUAAUAAAUAAAUUAAUUAUUUACUAACUUUUACUUAUCAGUGACAUUUUAUUUUUAUUUAAUAUUUAAUACUUUUUAAUUU